GCUUCAGACAGGAGACAAGUUGAUUACUGAUUACGAGGGUGGUAAGGGGUCGCAAGUUUGUGUGAAUAUGCGUGUCCCUCACACAAUUCCACACAACACCUCUCUAGUAUAUCAAUCCUCCGAACAGACACAGAAUCUCCCAGGUGAAGUAAAUCGCACACUUCGGGCAGAAGAUGUCACAUGGGAUAAAGAGAUUCCUUCAACACUGGCCACGCUGUGUGUCAAGAGUCUUGCAUCCCAUUUUCAAGAGAAGCGUGUUCUUGGAGAGUUGUCAGAAGAGGACCAGUGUCUGCUCUUGGAGACACUCCCCACUGACCUUCCACUUACAUUGACAGUGCCAUUGAUCAGAGAUGGCAUCUACUGGAAAAGAAGCAGUCAAAACCGGUGGAAGAGUAUGAAUGAUGUGCAUGAUUAUGGAAAUUCGUGGAAACGACACUACCUGGAGCGUCAUUUGCAGGAGCAUAUAGAAAAGUUAGGCCCAGAGAACUUUGUACAAUCAGAAAUAGAGAGUCUGGUCCAACUGUGCUCCCCAUAUGUGAAGCGGCUCAGCAUUCAGCAGUUGCAGGCCCCACAGCCACCUGAGUUCAUAGAUGGGGAUCAUUGUGAGUGGCCCACUGAAGUCAAUUCCAUUGACCAUAUCAGCCUUCAACCAUUCAUAAAGGGUCUGGUCAAUCUUGAGGAACUGCACGUCAUGUUCGGAGUUCGUGGAUGUGGUAUGGACUUUGCUUGGAUCUUAUUUAAGUUCUCAUUGGUGGACUGCAUAAACAUUGGACUUGGACUGAACUCAGCAAACUGCUUGAAGACUUUCAGAAUUCAUCGUAGUACAUUGGAUGAUGCUAGAGUCUCCAUUCUUCUGCAGCACAUAAUGAGGAACACAACCAUUAACAGGCUCGACUUUUCACAUUGUGAAAUUGGUGAUCAGGGUGCUCUGGCUAUAGGAAAACUCCUGACUGUCCACCCAGCACUUGAAGAACUCAUAUUAUGUAAUAACAAAAUAGGUGCUGCUGGAGCUAAUGGGCUGGCCUGUGCACUGUCACAUAUAGCUUCACCACUGAAGUUGCUGGAUCUUCGACUAAAUCAUAUCGGUAACCAGGGGGUAACAGAUCUGUGUUCAGCCCUGGCAAAUAGUGAACAUCCACAAGAGCUGAUCUUGGCUGGCUGUGGCUUUACAGAAGAGACAGGCAUUAAGCUUGGUCAGAUGUUGCAACACAACACCACUCUUCAGGCACUGGACAUCAGCAACAAUAACCUGGGAGAGGUGGGAGGUGAAGCCCUUUCCCAUGGUAUCAAAGAUAACACAACUCUUCUGAGAUUAGAUUAUCGAAUGACUGGGAUUACGCAGGAAGAUGCAUCAUCAAUAAACAUGUCAUUAAAAAGUAAUACCAACAGGUACAGAAGGAAGCAAGAAUGUUAAUACAUUCAUGUGUGUUCAGAUGUGUACAUUUGGUACAUCAGCUCAAAUGCAAAGUUAUGAGGCUUGGAGCA